GAAUAGACCGGCCUACAUCGUGUAUAUAUAUAUGAUCUCAUCCCUGGGCAGAGUUGCCAUCCGCCUUCCGCCUCAGAGUCGUCGCAAGGUUCGCCUUUCGCCGAUUCGUACUUCUCCGAAGCGAUAAGAUGACCACUUCAAGGCGAUACGCAGACCAUAAAAUACAGAAGUUCCAGAAGAAUGUAUCUAAGAGGGGAUCAGUGCCAGAGACAAUAGUGAAGAGAGGAAAUGACUAUCCUGUUGGCCCUGUUAUGCUUGGGUUCUUCGUCUUUGUAGUCAUCGGAUCAUCUUUGUUUCAGAUAAUUAGAACAGCCACAAGUGGCGGAAUGGCAUGAAGCUGAGGGCGUAAAGUCAAUCAAGUGUUAGGGAACUAUUAUUUUUCCAAUGAAAACUACAAGCCAGAUGGUUCAAAGAGUGACUCUGUACUAUGGAUAUGAACUAGUGGUUGAUAUCAUGAUUUAUUUUUGACAAUUACAGAUUUGGAUGCUAACGUUGCUUCAUCUAAACAUCUACUUGGCAGUUUCAUUUUCAUAUUA